AUGAGUGUUGCUUUACCAGAUACAAGCCCGAUCACGUUCAGCGGCUUCGUUGACUGGAUGUUCAAAGGUUCCUCGGAAGAGAGUGUGACUGACCAGCUUGACCCCACGGCUAUACAUCCUUACGCCGCUGACUGGAUUCUGGGAGCCAAACUUGAGUGCAUUGACUUCCAGAACUACGCUAUGGAGAAACUCUACAAUCACACCCUCGAGGGAUCAGAUAACCCCCUCGUGGUCACACCUGCAGCCAUGGACAAAAUGCUCACCAACGAAGGGAACAUCUACCUCCAAUGGUUCAUGCGAUGUUUUGUUUGUACUCAUUUCAAAAAUGAAUCCCUGGUAAAGGGCGAAUUGUACGAAUGGAUUGGGGUCGCGCAGAAACAUUAUCUCUUUCUCAGAGAUCUACUGAUAUCGCUCAAAUAUAAUACUGGAGUUAAAGAAAUGCCGCCUAGGGAACGCUACAUUUUGAAGAAGAAGGAAACGUCGCCAAUACCUUCUACGGACAAAACAAAUGGAAUGGUAACGCCUGCAAAGAGGGGUGCUGAUGGUACGCCUAAAUCCAAGGACACCUUAGCUCUACGAGGAGAGGUGGUGGGAUCAUCGAGGGCAGACACCAGGGAAGCCUCGAUUGCAAAUGACAAGACCGGCAACACAGUCAAAGGUGAUGGCAAGGUAGUAAAAGAAGAGAAGACCGAAGUCGUCACGCCAGGGAACUUGACGCAAGCCGGGACUAUCAAAUGUGAGCUCACUGAUACUUGA